AUGACCUCCGCGUCGGAUGAGCAGAAGGCUCCUGCUGACGUGACAAGUGGAGGCGCCCGCUCCCCGCCCUCCGACACCGACGAGCGCCCUGUCCGUAAGCAACUGAAGGAGACCUCGAUCGAUUCCUCCAACGACAAGGGCUCCGCCGCAUCGGCCCCGGACCAGGGCAGCGGCAGGAAGCGGUCGUUCGAGGAGACCCGCGGCAAUACCGACGACACCAUCGAGAACGGUGACGGCCCACGAAAGCGAUCGCGCGAGUGCACCCCCGAGGAUGCGAAGAAGGAGAACAGCGCCGCAGUACCUGUACCACAUAAUGACCCCAAGACGCACAACACCACCGACGCGAUGAACGAGGACGACGCCAAAGCUCUGAAGAAGAAGCGGAGCUUGGAGCAGCUGGAGGAGGAAGGUGCGAAGAAGCUCGAGGAGACAGAAAAAAAACGACACCGGGAUAAUUCGCAGGAGCGGGAGACCCAAACAGCCAAUGUCUUUGCCCAAAGCGCAUUCGCAACCGCGGCUGCGUCGUCCCCGUUCGCUAUGCUCGGUGGAUCGAGCUCGACUUCGACUACCGAAAAGCCCGCAUCAACCUCCGCCUUCGCCUCUUCGGCUCUAAGCUCCUUCGCCGGUUCAGAGAAAUCCCCCUUCGGCUCCUUCGGUUCCUCAAAACCCUCAGUAUUCAAGUCUGGCUCCGGAAUGUCUGGCUUCGGUUCUUCAUCGACCUCUGGCUUCGGUUCCCUGAAGAGUGGAUUCGCGGGCGUGGGCGGCGGCUUCGCUGCUGCUGGCAAGUCCGGCGGCUUGACAAAUUUCGCAUCUCCCAACGCCCCUGCGACCCUUGGCGGCGAGCCCAAGCCGGCAAAGCCAAUUCGCGCCGAUGAGUCUGGCGACGAGGGGAGCGACAAUGACGAGGGUGAAGAGACCAGCGCCUUCGAGGCUGAUAAGACCGACGAACGCUUCUAUGAACAGACCAUCGAGACUGGUGAGGAGGAGGAAGAGAACCUCUUCGCCUGCAAGGGCAAGCUUUUCCACUUUGGUAGCGGCGAAUGGAAAGAGCGCGGCGUUGGAACUUUCAAGAUCAACGCCCGCAAGAGCGAUGAUGGAAAGCAACAUGGCCGUAUGAUCAUGCGUGCCGACGGUGCCUUACGUGUCAUGCUCAAUAGCCCUGUCUUCAAGGGUAUGACCUUUGGCGACGCAAAGAACCAAGAACCCACCUCCAAGCAAAUUUUCCUUGCCAGCAAUGAAGAAGGCCGAACCGUGCCUCUACUCUUGCGCGUUGGAAAUGAAGCCCUUGCGAAAGACCUUUAUGUUGUCAUUAAAGAUCUGUUGGAUGGCGAGUGA